AUGGUCUGUGGCGCAGUUACAGGGCAACAACAGACAGGCAACCAAAGGCGGGGAGAGUCGUCGGGUCUUGUCUUGUCUUUUGGAGCUGCGCAAGACGGUGGGCUGGCGAACAAGAGGAUAAGGAAAGCGGAAGAGGGCGGACUAAGGAUUAUGAAAGGCAGCCGUAACUUAGUGGAAGCUCCGGAUGGCUGA